AUCCAUGACUUCUUGUUUUCCUUUGUGAAGAGUUUCCCAGGCCGUGAACUCACUCAACCCCUCAGGUCUUAUAAGUGGAGCCUCCAGCUUUUAUUUACUCCACACUCACAUCGUCUUGACUGAGGCAGAGGUACACACUGAGAAUGGCAGCAACUAGAGCCUGUAGCGUCCUGAUCACAGGAGCAAACCGAGGCCUGGGGCUGGAGAUGGUCAAACAGAUGAUGGAGGCUCCGCAGCCUGUCCGCCAGUUGUUCGCCUGCUGCAGAGACCCAGAGGGUCCCAAAGCUGAGAAUCUCCGAAACCUGGCCGAGAAGCACCCUAAAAUCAUCACCGUCAUUCGUUUAGACGCCACGGACCCCUGCAGCAUUAAGGAGUCUGCCCAGCGGGUGGGCUCCCUGCUGGGGAAGGAGGGCCUCAACAUGCUGGUGAACAACGCGGGGGUCUUAGCCCAUGGCACCAUACAGUCCACCAGCUCUGAAGACAUGCAGUCUGCCUUCAACACAAACGUGAUGGGCCCCAUGAACAUCAUUAAGGAGUUUCUGCCCUAUCUACGGACAGCAGCAAAAGCCAGUGGGAAGCCAGGGAUGUCCUGCAGCAAGGCAGCUGUUAUCAACAUUUCCAGUACGCUCGGAUCCAUAUCUUUGGUUGAAGCGUCGUACUCAUUCUUCCCCGCCGUGUCCUAUCGUGUCAGCAAGGCAGGUUUGAACAUGCUGACCAUGUGUGCAGUGGAAGAGUUCAAAAAGGAUGAGAUUCUGUUUGCUAACUUGCACCCUGGCUGGGUUCGCACAGACAUGGGAGGAGAGGGGGGGGAGAUAGACGCACCAGAGAGUGUGGAGGGACUUCUGCGUGUGAUGAAGUCCCUCACAGAGAAGCAGAACGGCGCCUUCAUGGACUACAAAGGCAGCGUUGUGCCCUUUUAAAUCCAUUACUGCCCUCUUACUGAUAUAGGGCCUAACUGUACACGUGAAGUAAAUGAAAAGAAAAUGAAGAAUCGUCAUGUCCUGUUUUAUUUAUUGAGGUUUUGUAUUCAUUCAGACUUCUUCUAAAUAGCCACAUGCUGUUGCUAUUGGUUUACAAAACUGCCUUGAAGGUUAGACACUAUUUUAUAAUUUGAGCAAACACUGUAUUUUCUUUUGAAAAUAAGUUGAUACAGUAGC